AUGGUAAAAUGUCUUCAAGUGAUAUUGUACAUGUUUGUCUCUGGGAAGUUGGCAUAUAGUAGGGGGGACCAGCUUAUUUAUAUUUGUACAGACAAGCAAGAUCCCAAGGAAGAAUUUAGUGAUUGGUCUCAAGGGCUGCUGGCAAUUGGAACUUUUGGCAAUACGGAUCUUACAAGAAAACAAGAGAGCCAAACUGUGCAAAAUCCAGAGCUGGAGGAAUUUACACCUGAAGAUUUUGGGAAGCUACAGAGUGAAUUGACAGAGCUCUUGUCUAAAAAACAAGCUGAAGAACAAAUUUCUGAUCUAUCAUUGGAUAGAUUCCUGAACUGCCCUUCAAUUUCUAACAGAUAUGGCACUAAUUCAGAUGAUAAAGAUGAAGAAAUUGAAAGAACUAUUAGAAAAUUCCUUGGAAGAUACAAAGAUGUUCGUGAAAAUAAGAAGACGACAAUUGGGAGAAAAUCAGUUUCUUUCCUUCUCAAGAAAAUGUUCGUCUGCACAAGUGGUUUUGUACCAAAUCCGGGUCUACGAGACACGUUUCAUGAAUCAAGAAUGGAGAAGCUUAUGAGAACAAUCCUCACCAACAAGAUAUAUCCACAAAAAUCUUCUCGAGCAUCAUCAAUGAAGAAAUAUAUAGACGACAGACAUUCAUUGAAUGCUGAAACAGAAGAUGAAAUGUUUGAGAAAGGUCGCGAUGGACAUAAAUGGGUGAAGACAGAUUCUGAAUAUAUUGUUCUAGAGAUUUAG